UCCAUUUUCCAGCACAUUUCCCCCACCUGGAGGAGCCGCCGCGCCACCCUGCGAACCCCGAGCGUCGGGCCCGGGCCAGGCCAGGCCAGGCCUCUGAGCCCCCCGUGUGCCGCUUUGCGCCCCUAGAGCCGGAGCCGGAGCCCGAGCCGGAGCCCGACAUGGCCGCCAACAUGUACAGGGUCGGAGAUUAUGUCUACUUUGAAAAUUCUUCAAGUAACCCAUACUUGAUAAGAAGAAUAGAGGAGCUCAAUAAGACAGCCAAUGGGAAUGUGGAGGCCAAGGUGGUGUGUUUCUACAGAAGGAGAGACAUCUCAAGCACCCUGAUUGCCCUGGCGGACAAACAUGCAACAUUGUCAGUCUACUAUAAAACCGGACCAGGGGGAGAAAACGACGAGGAAGGGGAAAUGGAAGAAGAAAUGGAAAAUCCAGAAAUGGUAGAUUUGCCAGAGAAACUUAAGCAUCAACUGAGACACCGAGAACUCUUCUUGUCCCGGCAGUUGGAGUCUCUACCUGCCACGCAUAUCAGAGGCAAAUGUAGUGUCACUCUUCUCAAUGAGACGGAGUCCCUGAAAUCAUACCUGGAGCGGGAGGAUUUCUUCUUCUAUUCUCUAGUUUAUGAUCCACAGCAGAAGACUCUUCUGGCUGAUAAAGGAGAAAUUAGAGUGGGUAACAGAUACCAAGCAGAUAUAACAGAUUUGCUAAAGGAGGGUGAGGAAGAUGGAAGAGACCAGUCAAAACUUGAAACAAAAGUUUGGGAAGCAUAUAAUCCAUUAAUUGAUAAGCAGAUUGAUCAGUUUCUGGUGGUGGCACGAUCUGUUGGUACUUUUGCCCGUGCCCUAGACUGCAGUAGUUCAGUCAGACAGCCAAGCUUACAUAUGAGUGCUGCAGCAGCCUCCAGAGAUAUUACACUGUUUCAUGCAAUGGAUACUUUGCACAAAAACAUCUAUGAUAUUUCCAAGGCCAUUUCUGCUCUGGUGCCUCAGGGUGGUCCAGUUCUGUGCCGAGAUGAAAUGGAAGAGUGGUCAGCUUCAGAAGCCAAUCUCUUUGAGGAAGCCCUAGAAAAAUAUGGAAAAGAUUUCACUGACAUUCAGCAAGAUUUCCUUCCAUGGAAGUCCUUAACCAGCAUCAUUGAAUACUAUUACAUGUGGAAAACAACAGACAGAUAUGUUCAACAGAAGCGGUUGAAGGCAGCUGAAGCAGAAAGCAAGUUAAAGCAAGUGUAUAUACCUAACUAUAACAAGCCAAAUCCAAAUCAGAUUAAUGUAAAUAAUGCCAAGGCUGGUGUUGUAAAUGGCACCGGAGUACAGGGUCAGAGCCCAGGAGCUGGCCGGGCCUGUGAAAGCUGCUAUGCCACACAGUCUUACCAGUGGUAUUCUUGGGGUCCCCCUAACAUGCAGUGUCGUCUCUGUGCAUCUUGCUGGACGUACUGGAAGAAAUAUGGUGGCUUGAAAAUGCCAACACGAUUAGAUGGUGAGAGACCAGGACCAAAUCGCAACAACAUGAGUCCUCAUGGCAUCCCUGUACGGAACAGUGGGAGUCCAAAGUUUGCUAUGAAGACAAGACAAGCCUUCUACCUACAUACAACCAAACUGACAAGGAUUGCCAGGCGCCUGUGUCGAGAUAUAUUGCGUCCUUGGCAUGCAGCAAGACACCCUUACAUGCCUAUCAACAGUGCUGCUAUCAAAGCAGAAUGUACUGCUCGAUUACCAGAAGCCUCCCAGAAUCCACUGGUAUUAAAACAAGUGGUACGAAAACCUUUGGAAGCUGUGCUCCGGUAUUUAGAGACUCAUCCCCGCCCUCCAAAGCCAGACCCCAUAAAGAGUGUGUCUAGUUCUCUCAACAACCUUACUCCUGCCAAGUCAACUCCAGUCAUUAAUAAUGGGUCCCCAACCAUCUUGGGCAAAAGGAGUUAUGAACAGCACAAUGGCAUGGAUGGCAACAUGAAGAAACGCCUUUUGAUGCCUAGCAGGGGAACAUAUUUAGGACUGGCUAACCAUGGACCAACCAGACAAAUGGGACCAAGCCGAAACUUGCUGCUCAAUGGAAAAUCCUAUCCAACAAAAGUCAGAUUAAUUCGUGGUGGAUCCCUGCCUCCAGUGAAAAGGAGGAGGAUGAACUGGAUUGAUGCUCCAGAUGAUGUGUUUUACAUGGCCACAGAGGAAACCAGGAAAAUCCGAAAGUUGCUUUCAUCUUCUGAAACAAAGCGAGCUGCCCGUCGCCCUUACAAGCCCAUCAUCCUUCGACCAAGCCAGUCCCUACAGCUCAGGCAGCAGCCCCUGCCAGUGAAUGAGGAGCCCAUCAUCAUUGAGGACUAGCAGCCCUUGAGCCCUUCAGACCAGCUUCCCACCCUGACUGACCCUCUGGAACUCUCCUGGAUUUGUCCAAAAGACAUUUUUUCCACUGCCUUGCUGAGGCACUUGAAGAGGGGAGAAUUUGCAAAGGACUGAUUUGCAUAUUGUAACCCCCUUAAGGAACUUGAUUACUUCUGUGACCAUAAACUGCUUUUGCCUGUGCACUCUUCAUUCCUCUUUUACCCCUCUCUCUUCUCUCCUCCCUUCUCUUAUGCCAUUCCUCUUUUUACCUUUCUGCCUUUUUCCUCUCCCUUCUUUCUCCUCUCACUUUCUUCUCCCUCUUUCCCUCCUUCCUCCCAUUCUCCCCUUCUUCCUCCUCCUUUUAGCUUGUGCACUCUUCUCUUCCUCCCUUAUUCUUCCCCCCACUUCUGUUUUUAUUUUUGGGUAGCUUCCCCUUCCUGCCUUUCCUUUCCACUGGCAGAGGACCCAGUUCCUUGUGUGGACACAUUCUAGAAGAAUUGAAGUUUAACUUAUUCAGAGAAUGCAGAACAGUCAUGUUUAGCUUUUUGUUUACUUUUUGGGUGGAGUGAAGACUUGGAAUCUUCUUUUGUGUCUCUCUUGGAGCUAGCACUGUUGGGCCUCUGUUUCCAUGAGGCUGUGUUGUUAAGAUUUUGUUCUAUUCUGUUGAAGGUGCCAUUUUGUUUAAUUUUUAUUACCUUUUUUGUAGAUGAACUUGAGGCCUGUAACUCUUAUAUUUGGAAUAUUAGAAUCAGAAAAGCCAGCAGCAAGUUCAGCUAGUUGUCUUGGGUCUGUCCCUUGUCUUUACAAUAAUUUUUAUAUUCAAAACAGAACAAAAAAAAGUCCCUUUCUCAUCUCUUUAACACCAAAACUAUCCCUUCUCCUUGGCCCCCAGAACACCUGUUGAAACCCAAGAAUCUUGGCAAUAGCACAUGUUCUUGGCCUCAGUGGUUUCAUAGUGGAGAAUGCUGAGAAGCAAUGCUCAGUUGUUUACUUCUCCUACAGAAGGGUCUAGGAGGCUAGGCCCUUGGUGUCUUGGUACCAGGAAUAACUGAUAUUGUCUCUUGCCUCUAAUCACCACUGAGAUGUCCUAGCACAAGUCAAGGACAGAGGAGCAGCAGCAAAGAUCAGAUUACUUAGCCCCAUUUCCCUAGCUCUCUUUUACCACCACUACUACUCAAGUCCAAACUUUACAGGACUUUGGACUUGACUCAGCAUCAGUAUUUUGAAUACCAUGUCCUUAGGUUGGAGGACCCUGGCUCGUAAGCUACAUUGCUGAACAGUUUUCAUUUUGGAGGGAAUUUAAUGUUCAAUUGGAUUUUAAUUUGAACACAGCUUGUCUCCCAAAGUCAUGUCUUUUCACCAGAAGCUGUUUGUGUUUCAGGUUUUCAUAUCUUAUGGCCUUAUUCUGUAUUUGAAGGCCUGCCUGGUUUUUCUCUUAUGUCUCCUCCAUGUGGGGCAUUUCUGAACAAAAGAAAUCUCUACUGUGUUUGAACAGAUGUAAACUCUCAUUUGCAAGGUGUGUUGACUUUGUACAUGCCCCUGCCUCUUGACAGACAACGCAUGGAAUAAAGCCCUUAAUCAUUCCUGCCUACUGUGUGGCCAUGUGACAGGCCAGGGGACAGCUGUGUUUUGAACCCACUCCAGGUGAUAAGGUUUGUUGUCCGCUGGCUACGUCAGGCACGUGGAAACCCUGCGGCAAAAGACAAGACAUUUCCGUUCCCUUCCUUACAGUGCAAAUAAAUCCACUAAUGGAGCUUUUGUGAAACA